AUUUGGCUUCGGCAAUUUCUUUAUUUUCCCAGGUUAACGACCUGUCAUACCUCUACACACUUUACAGGAAAAGGAGCUACCUGUAUUACGGUAUUCAAUUCGUUGUAGGCUUGAUUUCCGCUGUUCUUUCGGGUGCGGUCUUGUGAGCUCAUUGCCGCAACAGCGGCUCAUUCUCUCGUGGCAUGCGGCUGAUCAUCGAGCAUAGAUUCGCUUGGACCACCCUCGUACCCAGCGUCUUCGUUCCCCUUGACCAGCGAUCGCCUUGACAUGAAAAAUUAACUUGUUAUAUUCUUGCUUGUCCGCUUUGCCGGGUUCACGCGGUUAGCCUAGGAGUUACAUGGCAAAUUUCCAUAUAACCAGAAAUCCUAGACAAUCAAAGUCUUCAACCACAGGCACAUAAAUUUCAGUUUUCUCUUUUACAAGGUAAUACCAUAUUUUAAUGGUGGCAUAGUCUAAAGGAAGUGUUUGAGACUUAAAAGGCAGCCUUUGAAGCCUAUAAACCUCCAAGUAGUCCCUCUCUUCUCAAUAACUGGUUAUUCUUUUAUGUUUACUUUCUCUCAGGCUUGUCUUUGAUUUUCUACUUCUUGUCCUAUUGGUUCUGUAAGCCAACCAUUGAAGAAGAAGAGGAAAAACAUCGACUUGAACAGCUGCCAAACAAAGAAGCAGCAGAGAAUGAUGACAAUGCCAACGGAAUGGGUGAAUCAUCUAUAUAAACAGCCAAAUACAAUAUCCAAAAAUCAUUCAUGAAAAAAAACCUUUUUGAGAGGCUAAAACGCCAUAUUUUUUUAUUCAUUGUAUGUUUUCUUUACAAUUGAAGGCAUCUACGCUUUCUUUCGUUUUAAAAGUAGGUAGGUAUUAGGAAAGUUCGCUUAUUUUACAUGUUUUUCAGAGUCUACGCCGAUAUUUUAUUAUGCUUUAUUCAGCGGAGCAAGUUAAAUGAGAGGCAUAUAGCUUACCCCCGGGAGUGAAAGAUAAGCGCGCGCGUCCACACUAAUGCGUUUUCGAUUGAAAACACAUACAUUUCGAUGCGUUGAGCCGGGCCCCCCAACACUAAAACGCUGAUCGUUUUCAUCGAAAGCGCAUCGAUUUGAAUACGUUCAUGAAAGUGGAUCAAAACAGAAACGCGUAUACAUAUCGCAUAAGUGAAGACGGUCGAAAACGCAUCAAAAUGAAAACGACGACUUAAAAAAUCGCAGGCGCGUGUGUUCAACUUACGUCACAACGCGUAAUUAUCGUUUUUGAACGCUUUAGUGUGGAGAGUCGAAAACGCUUCAAAGUAGUAGUGUGGAUCGAAUAGAUCCAUGUGUGGACAGGGCCUGAGUAUGAAAGAGAAACACGAGCAGCCUUUCACGAUUAUGAACGCCGCAUUCAUUGCUUUUCGUACUAAGCACUGAAAAAAGUAAUUCCGUUAUUUAACCUCAGCAGUAUUUAUAGCACGUAUGCUAGUGGGACCGAGCAAAUGCCUGAAACAAAUAAUUCAAAUUGAACUUAACAAGGUUAAGAAUCCCAACUCGCCAGAGGCAAACCAGCUGGCUAUUUACAAGCUUGGUCGAGGAUUUGAACUCGGGACGUACCGUCUAGUGGUCAGGGCUGGACUUGAUCUCGGCGCCUCCGAAUUGAAAGUCCAGCGCUCUAACCGCUCAGCUACGUGCACGCUGCCUCCAUAGAGCUUCUGAAUUAAAAGUGGUUAUCAAUUUUGGAUUCUAUGUUUAAAUUAAUAAAUAAAUAAUUCCGUUAUUUACCCUCGGCAGUAUUUUAGCACUAAUGUUAACGGAACCGAGGAAAUGUCUGAAACAAUAUUAUCGAAAGCAAUCAUGAUGGGGUUAAGAAUCCCAACUGGCCAGAGGAAUUCGAAAACCAGCUAGCUGUUUAAAAGCGUCAGUGAAGCGUGGUCGAGGAUUUGAACUUGAGACUACAAUUCCAUGAACAAAUCCAGCUGGCGGUAAAUUUGUGAAAUAUUCAAUGCUGAACUUUUUUAUAACAGAUAUUUAUCUUUGAUAAUAAAGAAAUAAUAUUGAUUUAAAGUAAACCACCAACGUCGACAUGCAAAGCAAGAGGUGCUGAACUUGAUAAUAUGUUCUCUUCAUUCUUGCUAAACAUGUUUAACUGACCCUGAAGAUAAACUGUGUAUUUAUUUUGUUAUAGCUCAAUUUUAUCUUUUUUAAAACUUUCUUUAUACAGUACUUGUACUCACCCUUCAUACAUUGUUAUACCCAAAGCUUUUAUAAAAAAAUAAAAAUUGAUCCACGGC